UACUUAUCAACCUUGGAAGACCAAAAGGUAAAGGAUAUCAACAGGCUUAAGCUAGGACAAGAGUGCUUUUGGGCUUGUCAACAGGAAACGCUCCUAAAUAACUUCAAGUUUGAGCGGAGAAAAGAAGCUACUGGAAAACAAGCAGAUGUAUCACCAACAUCAGGGUCCAAAUGAGCUCUUCACUACAAGGACAUCCUUUCCGAUGGAGCAGCAUCUGUUCCUGCGAGGAGGAAGUACCCAAGGAGAUUCUGGGCUGGUUCUCUCAACUGACGCUAAACCAAGGCUAAAAUGGACACCUGAGUUACAUCAGCGAUUUGUAGAUGCAGUCAAUCAAUUAGGUGGAGCAGAGAGUAAGUAUACUAUUCUUAUCUUCUCAAUGUACAGAAACCAGCUAAAUUCUUAUAUUCAUCUUCAUCACCCAGAAGCUACUCCAAAAACAGUCAUGAGGCUCAUGGGCAUUCCAGGACUCACCUUGUAUCAUCUGAAGAGCCACCUCCAGAAAUACAGGCUUAGUAAGAACCUCCAAGCUCAAGCGAAUGUUGGUACAACAAAGAACGCCAUAGGAUGCACAGUCAUUGCGGAUAGGAUGCCUGUAACAAGUACGACAACAAUGAGCAGUACAAAUGUCAUUCCACAAGCAGAGAAAACUAUUCAAAUUGGUGAAGCACUUCAGAUGCAAAUUGAGGUUCAGAGACAUCUAAAUGAACAACUUGAGGUGCAAAGGCAUCUACAACUACGGAUAGAAGCCCAAGGGAAGUAUCUACAGGCAGUUCUAGAACAGGCACAAGAGACCCUUGGAAAACAGAACUUGGGUCCUGCAAACCUGGAAGAUGCAAAAAUAAAAAUAUCAGAACUGGUCUCACAAGUAUCAAAUGAAUGCUUCAGCAAUGCAAUUACAGAUAUUAAAGGAAGUUCAAGCAUGCAUAGAUUAGAACCAAGGCAAAUCCAGUUCGUUGAAAGUUCAACAAAUAGCUAUCUGACUGCAGCUGAAGGAUUCAUCAAGGAGCACAGACUACAGCACCAUGGAGUACUCAAAUCAUAUGAUGAUAAUUAUGUACUUUGCAGAAAAGGAUCUUAUGACCAUGAGACCCAGUUUGCCCUGAACAGAAGCCUAAGCGAGCUUAGGAUGGCUCAAUUGCACAAUGUGAAAGGGUACAAAGCAGAGUUUGGGUAUGAAAGUGAUACGGACGUGCCACCUCAGUAUACACCUCAAAAGAAUGUUGGAGGUAGCACCACCAGUUCAGCAUCAAGAAGCAAAGAACGAGAUGCAGAGAAGCCAUAUCUCGACGAACAAAACUGCACGAGACAGGCAAAUGAAUACCCAAGAGAAAGCAAGCUACCAGAUUUUGAGCACUCAUGUUCUGGGAAGAAACUUGAUCUGAACACCCACAACAAUGAUGAUAAUGAUCAAGCUUACAGACAUUUUGACUUGAAUGGCUUCAGCUGGAGCUGAUAUAUGUAAGAAGUUCAAGGAGAAGACAUGAACUCACAAAUAAUUUCUUUCAACA